CCUUCACGAGAUUCGUAUACUGGGAUCUUCGCUUCAAAAUUCAAAGCAUGUCGUAUUCAGCAUCGUUGGCUUCUGAGAGAUUAGAAUUUUGUGGCAUUGCUUUUCCAAAAACUUCUGCCACUGAAAGAAGCACCCAAAUUGCCGGGAAGAAUGCGUACUGCGCAGCAAUUGGAGCAAUGAGCCCUCAGGAAGCCUCCAAAGCACGUGGCGAAAAGUGUUGGCGGUUUGGCUACGCUAAGCACGUGCUCAAGUCUGUAGAACUCUCGGCCGUUAGCGGGAAGGAGGCCUUAUUAAUAGCGCAAACCGGUUUGGAUUAUUGCUAUCAAAAUUUCGAGUUCAUACGAGACGGGCAAUCAAUUUCAUUGGACACUGCUAUGAAGACGAUGGAUAAAAGUUUUUAUACUGGAUUUAUUAGAGGAAGUUUAGAAAAGCCUUCAACGAAUGAACUUGUGGUGCCCUACAAAGGAAAAGCGUUGCGCGGGAAAAGUCUGUUGGAGCAAAUUGACCAGUGGACGAAGUACGGGACUAUGGAGCCGUCCUGCGGCCAUUAUCUGAAGAUGGUCGUACAGCAUAAAGAAUGGUGCGACUUGUCCAAUCAAUAUUUCGUUCUUCUUGGCGCUGGAAGCGCGAUGGGCCCUUUUAAAACCCUUAUGAGUUUCGGUGCUCACGUGAUUGCUAUAAACUCUCAAAGGCCGGAAACUUGGAAACGAUUAAUAGAAAUAACGAGAGCCUCUUCAGGAACGUUAACGUUUCCUCUUUCCGUUGAACAAAAUGAUAUGAAUGAUGAAAUGUUGUGUGAAAAAGCGGGUUGUGAUUUGCUUACUCAAACGCCGGAAAUUAAAAAUUGGCUUAAUGAAGUUUAUCCAGAUAAAGAGUUUAUUAUUGGGUCUUAUGCAUACCUUGAUGGGGAAGCUUAUGUUCGCGUUUCAUUGGCUAUGGAUGCCAUCUUAAUGCAGGUUUGCUCGAAGCGAAAAAUUAAAGGAAUUGCUUAUCUAAACACGCCAACGCUUUGCUAUCUGAUUCCCAACGAAGCAGCGCAGGCCUCCGUGAAUAAUUAUUAUAAACCUUCCAUAUUCAACACUAUAAUGAUGCCCCUUCGCUUAUUGGCCCCUCGCCUUGCUGAUCGAAAUAUUCGUACGACUGCUACUACGGAGGAUGGCAAAAAAGAGUACAUCGUAAAUGGUCUCGUUUUGGCGCAAGGCCCGAACUAUGCCUUGGCAAAGUCUAUUCAACUUUGGCGCAGCAUUAUUGCAAAAGAAAAAGGUUUCUUAGUUUCUAGCAAUAUCGCGCCCGCCACAAAAACGGUUUCUGUGGUGCAUAAUCGAAAGUUUGCUUGGGCGUACAACGGCUAUCACUAUUUUGAGCCAAUAGAAAUCUUCGAGCCGGAGACGUCUAGCGCGCUCAUGUGCGCUUUACUUAUAAAUGAUAUCAACAAUGAAGACUCUUGUAGUUCUCCAAAGAAAAUUCUCCCCCAACUUUGGGAUUUAUUUAAGGACGGCGCCCUUCACGGAGGUGUAUGGAGAUCCGGCUAUUCUUUACAAUCGACUGGAGAAAUUGCCGCCUUAAUGUAUUUUUAUGAAAAGCUGAAGCCCUUUUUAGUAGUGCUUUUCGCGCUUUUUGCUUCCGUAUAUUUUACGACAUCUUCAAAAAGUGCAUAA